AUGCAGCUCACCCAAUUCAUGGUUAUCGUGGCUUUUACACAUUUGCGCUGUGAGGCGCAAUCGGUUUCUACCUGGUAUGUCGAUCAAAGUAUGAAUAACAUAGAAGGAGAGUGUAAAAAUAAACUUCUAGAUGAACUGCAAGAUAAAUGCUUGAAGACAUCUGGCGGGUCCAGGUUAGCAGAGUUCCGUGGCUGCACCUUUGUAUGUGAAAAAAUUUACACAGAAAGUGGGAACCCAGAAAAUGUUAAGGUGACAAAAACACUAAGACUAAGAAACGACAUCCCUUGCGGACCAGAGGGACAGACAUGUCAAAAUGGAAAAUGCGUCAAAAAAUGCGAAGUGGACUUUGUGAGCUGA